CAGGUAUUUUGUAACAUUUGUUAGCAAUGAAUAUAUUUUAUACUAAAUCUUCCUGUGAAAUCCUGAAAGCAGAUGACAUGGAUAAAAUUAACCAGACAUUUGCAUCAGAAUUCCUUCUUCUGGGAUUCUCCAGUUACCCAAAACUUGAGAGCAUGUACUUCAUUCUAAUUCUAGUAAUGUAUCUAGUGAUUCUAACCGGCAAUGGUGUUCUGAUCCUAGCAAGCAUCUUUGAUUCUCGUCUUCACACCCCCAUGUACUUCUUCCUGGGCAACCCAUCUUUCCUGGAUAUCUGCUAUACAUCCUCCUCUGUUCCCUCAACUUUGGUGAGCUUAAUGUCAAAGAAAAGGAACAUUUCCUUCUCUGGAUGUGCAGUGCAGAUGUUCGUUGGGUUUGCAAUGGGGUCAACGGAGUGUGUCCUCCUUGGCAUGAUGGCUUUUGAUCGCUAUGUAGCCAUCUGUAACCCUCUGAGAUACCCCAUCAUCAUGAGCAAGAUGGUGUAUGUACUGAUGGCAUCCGCGUCAUGGCUCUCUGGUGGAAUCAACUCCAUUGUGCAAACAUCUCUUGCCAUGCAGUUGCCUUUCUGUGGGAAUAAUAUAAUCAACCAUUCAUGUGAAAUAUUAGCUGUCCUCAAGCUAGCUUGUGCUGAUAUCUCCCUCAAUAUUAUCACCAUGGUGAUAUCAAAUAUGGCAUUCCUGGUUCUUCCACUGAUAGUUAUUUUUUUCUCCUAUAUGUUCAUACUUUACACCAUCUUGAGAAUGAAUUCAACCACGGGGAGGCACAAAGCCUUUUCCACCUGCUCAGCCCAUCUGACUGUGGUGAUCAUAUUUUAUGGUACCAUCUUCUUCAUGUAUGCCAAGCCCAAGUCUCAAGAAUAUCCUGGGGAAGACAAAUUGCAAACUUCAGACAAGCUCAUUUCCCUGUUUUAUGGGGUAGUGACCCCCAUGCUCAAUCCUAUAAUAUAUAGUGUGAGGAAUAAGGAUGUAAAAACUGCUAUAAAAUAUGUGCUAAACCGAAAAGACAUUCAGUAA